CUGACAUACACAAGUGCGUUUGUACCUUGCCGCGAACGCAUCAAGGGGACACUGCCUUGGUUUGCAGACUUAACACACACCCUUUUUCGCACUUACUUUCUCCUUGCUUCACUGCCCGCCGCGUGCGUCUUCAUAAGUGCACUGCUUAUCGCACACCCUCUCCCCACCUUAUCGUUGACUCAGCCAACUGAGUCCGCGUUACAUGAGAUACCUCAAGCGUAUAUAUACGAAGUCUGUGGUUCGGCUUCUUACCUACUCGGGUAAAGUCAGUUCAAGAAAUCUGCUCAGCGCACCACACUGACCAUGGCCGGCAGCUACGAAGUGACCAACUACCGGAUGUGCUUUGAGUGGGUGAAGUGCUUCCAAAAUCGACUACCCUACCAUGCUGUAAGUGCGGGAAAGCUGAACGGCCACGAUGUGUACGUAGCUCGCGCGGUACACGAAGGUGAGACGCUCAUUGGCUGGGCACAGCCCGGCGUCUCCUGCUGCAACGUCAGCUGGGGAGGUGGAGCGCACGAACUCGAGGAGUACCAGUGCUUGGCGACGGAGACCCCGGAAAAAUUGGACUGGGUGCCAGCCGCUGACGGAGAUGUGCCUAACGGUGCCGUGCAGGGAGGCACCACAUCUGAUGGCGAGCAGCUGUUCGUCGGCCGCGUGCACAGCGGCGACAACGUGUUUGUGGGGAAGGUGCAGCCCAGUCACAAUGCUCUCUAUGUGGCACACGAUGGCCAGGAGGUGAAAUUCAACAACUACGAGGUCCUCGUCUGCAAGAAGCUCGAGUUGUGCUAGUUCAGCACGUCUGAGCUGUAGUGCUGUCCGAAGGCGAACUCCAAAGAAAGACAUUACCAGAAAUAAAAUUGUUGACUGAUUCAAGCGGGA